CGCAGGCGAGAAGUCAAACGAGACCUACAUUACUUUUUAAAAUUUCACAAAAAUUGUGAAAUUUAAGGCAUUUCUGAUGUAUUAGACAAGAAAGCGACUGCUAUCAGAACGCAGUGUUAAGAUGCCUAAGAAGUUCAAGGGAGAGAACACGAAGGCAGUUGCUGCCCGUGAGAGAAGAUCGGCUGCAGAGGAGCAGAGAAAGGCAAAGAAACAACAGGAGGAAGAUGAUGCUUACUGGAAAGACGACGACAAAGAUGCAGCCAAGAAACAGAAGAGAAAGGAAGACAAGGAGAAAAAACGUCUUGAUUUGCUGCAGAAGAAACUUGAAAGUCAACGAUUAUUGGAUGAAGAAGAGUCAUCGCUACAUUCUGCAAAACCAGCGCCAUCUGCCAAAGUUACAAGAGCUCAGAUUGAGCACAAUAAGCGAGAAGUGCAGAGAAAACAGGCUGAAGCCAAACAAGAGACAAAGGCCCCUGUACAUGAUGAAGUACCACUAGAGGAGAAUGUUAACAGAUUGGUACCUGAAGAGGGAGAGGCUAGGACUGUAGAAGAUGCAAUACAAGUGCUUAGUGCAAAGGAAAGCCUCGAGAAGCACCCUGAGAAGAGAGUGAAGGCAGCUUACGCAUCUUAUGAAUCGGAGAGACUACCUAAACUCAAACAAGAGAACCCAAAUAUGAGACUCUCUCAACUAAAACAAAUUCUGAAAAAAGACUGGAUGAAAUCACCUGAUAAUCCCUUGAAUCAAAGAACAGCAAGUUAUAACACAAAGUUACAUUGAGUUUCUUUGAUGGGUUAAGUUGGAGGGGGUUCACUCGAACUCAAAGGUGGAGGCUGUGCAUAACAUGCUAGAGUGUGUUCCAUCAGGAAGGCUCUGUGUUUGUAUAUGUUGUGCAGGUACAUGUCAGUCAUUUCAUUUAUGGAGAUUUUGUCUUAUUGUUCCGCAUUUCAUUAUCAUAUGAUUGAUUAUUGGAAAUAUAGACUAAUUUCGUCCUAUUUUGAUCAGUUGAUUCUGUAUUGAAAUAGAGUUGGCCUUUAUGUACAAACACUG